AUGGCAGAUAACCAAGAUAACCAGAAUAAAAGGUUGUUGAGUGACUAUGCCGUGCCGAAUAUCAAUGGUGCUCAAUCCAGUAUUGUGAGACCUACAAUCAAUGCUAAUAAUUUUGAGAUUAAGCUUGGUCUCAUCCAGAUGGUGCAGCAGGAGCAGUUUGGUGGAGCACCUGCUGAGAAUCCACAUGCACACCUUGCCAAUUUCUUAGAGAUUUGUGAUACAAUCAAGAUGAAUGGAGUUAGUGAUGAUGCUAUUCGACUCCGACUUUUUCCAUUUUCUCUAAAGGAUAAAGCCAAGGCCUGGUUGAAUUCCAAAGCACCUAACUCUUUCACCACCUGGAAUGCCUUGUCACAAAUUUUUCUAAGUAAGUAUUUUCCCUCAGUCAGGAUUACCAUAGAUGCAGCUGCAGGAGGUACUUUAAUGAGUAAGUCAACAGAGGAGGUAUAUAAGUUAUUAGAAGAAAUGGCCUCUAACAAUUAUCAGUGGUCUAAUGAAAGAGGUAUGCCUAAGAAAGUUCCAGGUAUGUAUGAUGUAGAUGGCAUAAACAUAUUGAAUGCCAAGGUUCAAUUUGUGUCUAAUUAUAACAAGCAGCAGAAGCAGAAUAACCCUUAUUCCAACACAUACAACCCAGGCUGGAGGAAUCAUCCCAACUUUUCAUGGAAAGAUCAAGGUAACCAAGGUAGUAGUUCUAGACCUCUCCAUCCUCCUGGUUUCCAACCAAGACCAUCCCAACCAGAAAGUAAGCAGUCUUGGGAGAUAGUUAUUGAGAAGUUAGCCAAUGCUAGUUCAGAGAGAUUUGAGAGACUAGAAGCAAAGCUUUACCAGUUGCCUAGUAAGACAGAGGUCAAUCCGAAGGAGCAUUGCAAGGCAGUCACCUUGAGAAGUGGUAAGCAACUUGGUAAGGUAAGUGGUGAGACUAUAGUUGGUGAUGAAGUAGACUAUGAAGAGGUGAGCAAGAAGUUUGAGAAAUUUUUGAAAGUGUUUAGGCAGCUUUACAUUAAUAUUCCUUUUGCAGAUGCCUUAGCACAAAUUCCUGUAUAUACAAAAUUUUUAAAGGAGAUCAUGUCUAAGAAGAGGAAAUUGGAAGAUUUUGAGACUAUUGCUUUAACAGAGGAAUGCAGUGCCAUUAUCCACAAUAAGCUUCCACCAAAGCUAAGAGAUCCAUGGAGUUUUUCUAUUCUUAAAGCUUGGAUUAAAGGAGUUGAAGCUUACUACCAUCUCUUUGCAGCUAGCUGA